GGCAAAGCAGCUGGCACCAUCAUCAUCAUUAUUACCCUAACCCCGUUCUGGAACGUUUGCGGCCAGACAGGUCGCUGACAGCCAGCCUACAAAGGAUGUCCAGGUCUAUUUCUGGAACCAUUUCUUAGACGCGCUCACUAAACACGACACGAUCCGACCAGCUUAAAAGCGGGGAAUUGUGCCAAACCGGGAUAUGUAAUGUCAGACGAGCGGCGGCAAGCAUCUUUUUAUGCCUGGUGAUAUAAGAGACCUGAUGGAUUAUUUUUAAAUUGAUUUUUUUUUUUAAAGGUCCCUUAAGAAGACUUCUUUGGAAAAGCCCUUUUGGGGAUCGAUUCGGCUAUACUCUGCAGCGCAAGCAGAGAAACUUCUUCCCCACCCGCUUGCCUGCAAACAACCGCUGUGCUCUUACAAAAAGGCGCAUUAGCGUCACAACGUUCAAGCAUUUGGACUAUCAAGGGGAAAAGAGGAGGUGCGCGCUCUCGGGCCGGUCGCAGCAUCAGCACCAGUAUUCCAUGCGCGUGCCCGCACCGGUAGAAGCUGCCCGGGAAGAAGAAGAGGAGUUGGAGGAGUUAAAGUUGGACCGGGGUGGGGGGAAAUAAAGAAGAGAGGAUGCGUUGAAAAGACGUUCCACCGUCUGAUUAACAUUUUCGAUGCGGGGGUGGGGAAAAAAGGCGCCCGAGAUUGAAGGAUGACUUGCAAAAUAUUGACUUUAUGUUUCUUGUCUUUGGCUGUGCGACGCUGCUCUUCGCAAGAAUGCGUGGACCCACUGGUGUCGGGCCUCUACGCCUCUUCCUUCCUGGCCUCAUCCAGAUAUAACUUUCUCUACUCUGCCAAUUUUGCCAAGUUGUAUGGCAGCAGUGGCUGGUCACCCUCCCCCAGAGAUCGGCAGCCGUGGCUGCAGGUGGAUCUGGGUAGGAAGUACCGUCUAAGGGCCAUCGCCACCCAGGGCACCUUCAACUCGUAUGAUUGGGUCACCAAGUACACCCUUCUUUACGGAGACAGGCCAGACGCAUGGACGCCAUAUAUCAUGAAAGGAGGCAACUCGACUUUGCCUGGGAACUGGAAUUAUUAUCAGGUGAAGAGGAACGUCUUCCAUUACGCCUUCACAGCCAAACACAUUCGCCUGCUUCCUUUGGCGUGGAACACAGAGAACGGAGGGAAGAUCGGUGUGAGGCUGGAGCUGUUUGGAUGCCAUUACGAUUCACAUGUGCUGCAGUACAACGGGGACGACUCGGUCGUCUAUACGUACCCCGGGAAGCGGUCCCGCACGUUAAAUGACCACAUUGCCAUAAACUUCAAAACCCUGGAGCAGGAUGGUGUGCUGCUACACAGCGAUGGAGUUCAGGGAGACCUCUUCACUCUCGAACUAAAGAGAGGUCGACUCUACCUACACAUCAGCCUCGGAAGUAGCGUUAUACACAAAACCGAUGGUCGCACCACUCUAGUAGCUGGCAGCCUUCUCGACAACCUACACUGGCAUUACGUCACCAUUAAGCGCUCAGGCCGUCAGGUGAACUUCACUGUUGACAGCCAGACGGUGACGGCCGUCUGUAACGGAGAGUUUAGUCACCUGGAUCUGGACAACAAGUUGUAUGUUGGUGGCGUCAUCGAGCCCAAAAUGCCUCACCUCCCCACUACCCCAAAUUUUCGGGGUUGCCUGGAGAACGUCUUCAUCAACGGCAUCAACAUCAUCUAUAAGGCUAAGCAGGAAGAAGCGGACAUCAUCAUACCAAGAAAGAAAAAGAUGCAUUUUGCCUGCCGGGACAUUCUUCUCAAACCGAUGACCUUCGCCGGACCGAACAACUACCUACAAGUGCCGGGCUUCUUUAGAAGGCCACGCAUGUUUGUAAAGUUCAAGUUCCGCUCGUGGGACUACACGGGGUUGCUCAUGUUCACUCGCUUUGCCGACGACCUCGGCGCCCUGGAGCUCGGCCUUAGCGAGGGGCAGAUCAAUGUCACCAUCUUUCAGCCUGGCAAGAAAAAACUGCAAUUUGCCGCAGGUUACAGGCUGAAUGACGGCUACUGGCAUUCGGUCGAUUUGGCGGCAAGAGAUAACCUCCUCACCCUCACAAUCGAUGAGGAGGAGGGUUCGCCGCUGAAGAUCACGAACCCUUUCACCAUACGUACUGGAGACCGUUACUUCUUUGGAGGUUGUCCCAAAACCAACAACACCAUCAGGAAGUGUGAGACCAAGCUAAACCGCUUUCACGGUUGCAUGCAGCAUAUCUUCAUCGACAACGAGCAGCUCGACAUCGACAUUAUUUUGCAGCGGCAGUGGGGGCGCUAUGCUGAACUCCUGUUGGGAACUUGUGGCAUUACUGACAGAUGUAGUCCCAAUCCAUGUGAGCAUGAAGGCAGAUGCAUACAGUCGUGGGAUGACUUCAUUUGUCUAUGUGAAAACACCGGUUAUAAAGGGGAAGUGUGUCACAUGUCUGUGUAUAAAGAGUCGUGCGAAGCCUACAGACUCAGCGGAAAGUACUGGUCUGGAAACUACACCAUUGAUCCAGAUCUGAGCGGACCGCUAAAGCCAUUCGAAGUAUACUGUAAAAUGAAGUCAUACAAAGCUUGGACUGUGAUCUUGCACGACCGGGUGGAUGGUACGAAGGUAACAGGGAGUUCAAUUGAUAAGCCGUACAUCGGGAACGUCAACUACUGGAACGCAUCUUGGGAUGAAGUCACCGCCCUGGCCAACACCUCCUUGUACUGUGAGCAGUGGGUCGACUAUUCAUGCUAUAAGUCCCGUUUCCUCAACACGCCCGGUGGAAGACCGUUUGGUUACUGGAUUGGUCGCAAUAAUGAGAGUCAUUACUACUGGGGAGGAACGUUCAGAGAGGUUCAAAAGUGUGGCUGCGCCAUCAACCAGACCUGUGUUGACCCAAAGUAUCAAUGUAACUGUGAUGCAGACUAUAGACAAUGGUACUCCGAUAAGGGCUACUUGGACUUUAGGGACCAUCUUCCUGUCAGGAGGGUGGUGGUUGGCGACACCAACAGGACUGGCUCAGAAGCACAGUUCACAGUAGGACCUCUUCGUUGCCACGGAGAUAGAAACAUCUGGAACACAAUAUCUUUCACCAAACCCGCCAACAUAACCUUCCCCACUUUCAAGCCGGGCUCGAGUGCCGACAUCUCCUUCCACUUCAAAACGUAUCGAUAUGACUCAGUCUUCUUGGAGAACUCCGACGAUCACCUUAAAAACUUUAUCCGGAUAGAGCUCAACACGACCCAUCAUCUUGUAUUCGUCUUCAUGGUGGGCGAUGGCAUCCAGAAUGUGACACUACGCUCCCCAGUGCCACUCAAUGACAAUGAGUGGCACUUUGUCCAGGCUGAGAUUAAUGUGAAAUUAGCUCGCAUCAAGGUCGAUUACCAGCCCUGGACUGUCAAACGUUUCCCCAGUCAGACUUUUGUCACCAUGAACUUUACGAAUCCUCUUGUUGUAGGUUCCCGUAACCGCACCCAAAAACCCUUCUUGGGUUGCCUCCGAGGGUUGCGGCUCAACGGUGUUCCUCUGGAUUUGGAAGGGAAAGUUGAUGAAGAAAAAGGGAUCAGGAGGAACUGUACCGGCCAGUGUCUCAAUGCUACCAUACCUUGCCGUAACAGCGGUCAGUGUAUCGAGGGCUAUGCUUCCUACACCUGCGACUGCAACAACACCGCAUUUGAUGGGUUCUACUGCCAUAAAGACAUUGGUGCCUACUUUGAGCUCGGCUCCUGGCUGAAGUACAAUGUGCGGAAGAAGCCAAUAUCGGACGAAGCAGCUUGGGCUAACUGGAUUGACCCGCAUUACGACAAUUUCAGUCUGGGGUAUAACGACACGGCGGACGACAUAGAAUUCAGCUUCAGCACAAUCUACAAACCAGCUGUGCUGCUCUACAUCAGCUCCUUUGUCCAUGACUACAUUGCCGUCGUACUCAAGACUGAUGGUAGCGUGGAUUUGAGGUAUAAAUUGGGACUCAUCACCCACAAGUACGAGCUGACCCGCCGUAACCUCGCGGAUGGAUACCCACAUUAUAUUAACAUCACCAGGCACAACAGGACUAUCAAAACGCAGGUGGAUUUUAUGGAGCCCAUUGUUGAAAAGAUAACUUUAGUGGAGGAUGCAAGAUUUGACUCUCCAAAGUCCAUGUUCUUGGGCAGAGUGAUGGAGGUCGGCGACAUUGACUACGAAAUCCAGAGGCACAAUGCGCCAGGCUUCAUUGGCUGCAUCUCCGGCGUGAGAUACAACGUCUAUGCCCCUUUAAAGGCUCUUUUCAGGCCAAAUGAAACGGACCCUCCGGUGACAACGCAAGGUUAUGUCUCGGAGUCCAAUUGCGGCGCCUUCCCUCCUGUUCUGGGUUACGUGCCGUGGGAGGUGGAUCCAUGGUUUACCACCAUAGAUUACAUAUACAUCCAUGAUGACCUUGGCCUAUUUUGGAUAAUAGUCAUCGUCAUCCUGGCGCUGCUUCUUCUGCUGGCGGGCUUGUAUAGCAUCUAUGUGUAUGCGUACCAGCAGAAGGGCACCUACCGCACCAACGAGCCCAAACACUUGGAGUCGCCCAGCAGCUCCCGGCCCCUCACGGAGACCCUCAGACGAGAAAAGAAGGUCCUACCUGAAAUUGACGAAGAAUUCAGGAGCGGCUAAACGAAUAAACCACACGCAUGGGACCAAUGGGACAGUGACUUUUUGGAAGGACUUACAUAAUUACAUACAUGUCUUUGCGUUGAUUCUUUUGAUUAUGUUGGUAGUCGUCUGAGGGGUAUGACUUGUGGGUUUAGCUACGAUCACAGUUCAUAAACAGACCAAGAGAGUGCAGACAACAAAGGUAUCACCAGAACAAUGCUAGCUAAUGCAUGCUAACGACUGUAGCAGGGAGGGCCAUGAUUUGAGCAGUGGCCCUCGGGCCUGUGGGCUACACCGUCACUUACCAGAACACCCAAAAGUGAUAUAAUAAACUUGCUGCAAUUCAAAGCACGCAUUUUUAAUUACCUGUAUUGCUUAAAUGUUGUUGAGUCACGCUGAAAGGUCGAUGGGGAGUCACUCGGCUGUGCGUGUUGUCGUCGUUUCUGGAAUCCUCUCGGAUAUCCUGCUUAAAGACUUAAAGCAAGGCAUUUGAUUACUUUCUGCAAAUCAUCCGUAAAUCUGUGGACGGACAGGUGGACUUACCUUAGCGGUGAGAUCCACUUUUGUGGUGAGUCUAGCCAUGAGGUCAACUGAUACCUGGAGAGUAAUGGGAGAUGUGGAAGCAGAGUAUUUGGCAUUCCAGAGACGUACAGCAAACUGGGGACAGUUGAGGGGAUUAUCCAGCAUUCAAUCCCAAUUUGAUGAUUAAAAAUUGGUCAUUAAGAUGCGGAACAGAUCUACCCAUGUGGCAGCAGAGGUCUGACUGUUGUUGUUUUUGGGCUAAAUGGGCACCAAAAUGUCCUCAGUCAGUGAGCUGGUCUCAAAUUUGAUUGAAUACAUCAUAUGUUCAAUUGCCCAUCUUGACUAGCUAUCAUGCAGGCCUCUCGGGGAAAAAUACGUAAACCCACAAGCAAUAACCAGUGAGGACAAAACCAAAUUACCACCAGAGUCAUCUGGUUUAGGGUUUCCAAUUUUUUCAUCUCUUCUUUUUGUUGUGUAUUUUUUUUAAACCCCAGUUUGCGUGGGAUGCAAUGCCUGGUGCUGUACAACGUUUGUAUUUUGCGAAGUUCAAGGCCCUCCACAUGCAAGUCUCACACUGUCCUGCAGGGUGAAAUACUGAAGUGCCUCAUCUGAGCAAGGUUGCCCCCUCCCAAACCCCGUUCAAGUUACUACAAACGCAGAUGGCGUUUGGAUCCAAGAACAAGGAAUCAGACUGACAAUCUGGUGACAUCCUAUCCCUCAAUGUGUCCAUGCAAAAAAAAAACAA